AUGGACAGCGCCAAGGUCGUGCGCCGAGCCCCCUCUUCUUCCGCCGCGCGCGCGCAUUCCCCUCCCCGCACGUCCGCCGCUCUCCCGCGCUUCUCCCUGCGCCGCCUCCCCUUCCACCCGCGCUCCCGCCUCUUUCGCCAUGGAACCGGCGCAUGCACCAUUGCCGCGCUCUGCUGCAUUCUCUCUCUACUCACCCUCGUCCUCCUUCUCAUCGUUUUCCGCUCCUUUCUGCUAGAAGGCUCCGCCGCACCUUCCGCACCCACCAGUUCUACUCGCGGAGACGCAGGCUCGCCGUUUUUUGACGGACUCGACGACUGCCAAGACGAAUUCCGUCAACUGCUUGCCGAGUACCGUUUGCGCGACGGAACGGACGGCAUUGACUGCAGCGAGCUACUCGAUUCCGUCGCAGCAGCGGACGACGGCGUUACUCUAGACGUCGGGCCCCGCGCGAGUGACGCAGCAGCUGCGGCAGCAGGGGAGGCGAGGACACUCUACGAGAGAGCAGGGGGGCGGGAUGAGGAGGAAGGGCCAAACGUGACUGCUGCUGCUGGUGAUAACGAGGACGAGGAGGAGGUUGGUUCGGGUGCAGAGCGUGCUGCCGCUGCCUCACUGCCUCCCCUGAGUGCGUUCGUGGGACGCUCGUUUUACAACCCCACGGCAUUCGUUGAUGACACAAGCAGUGAAGGCGGCAGCAGUGUACCAUCUGAGAGCACCCACAGCGACACCCACAGUGACAGAGACGGCGACAGAGACAGAGACAGCAGAAGCGUCCGAGCCGUCACUAAGCCGUGGGGCCUGUGCAUUGCCAUCGCUCCCACCCACUGCUCCUGCUCCUCCCCUCCUCCCCGCCCUCCCUUUCCCCCGCCCUCUCCCCAGCCCGCGCACCCCUUCCCCCUCUCCGCCCUGCGCCAUCUGCUCCCCGCCCAUGCCACUGCGCCCACUGCAGCAGGAAGCAGCAGAAGCGAGCAGCAUAGGGAGUCUUCUCCCACAGAUCCCACCACCGCUUCAAACCCAUCCGCACUCCUUUCACCUGCCCUGGACCUGCUGCUCUCCCUGGAUCGCCACCGCGCCAAGGGGCUGCUGCUGGAACGCUCCAUGCGCGCCGUGGCUUACAGCCCCGGCUGCCGAGCCUCGGUGCCAGCCUCGGAAAGGCGGGACGAGUGGAGACAGCAGAGGAGCGGGGAGGAGAGAGCAGACGAGGGGGAUGGGGAGGCGGAAGAGGGGGUGGAUAUCAAGAGGAAUGAAGCUGCAGAGACGGAUGAGGGAGGGGGAGGGGGAGAGGAGGAUGGAGGAGAUGGUGGUGGUGAGGAGGGUGGAAAUGGUGAUGAGGAGGAUGGGUACAGGCGGGUUCUGAAGGAACUAUCAGCUGAUUUUGAGGUGGAUCUGGUGCAGGCGCCACCUGCCCUGUGCUCUCUCGCUGGCACCCUGCCUGCAGCAGCCAGGCAGCAGUUUCUUGCGGCCUACUCGUCAAGGUUCUUCCCUCCCGACCGCACUGCACGCCUCUGGACGGCUUUCAGCGCCGUGUCUGCUUUGGGGAAGCAGCAAAAUGGGGCGAGGAAACAGGGGGAGUCGCAACAGCAGCAGAAGCAGCAGCAGCAGCAGCAGAGGGGGAUGAAGCAGCAGCAGGCAGGGUUGAAAGAGCAGCAGGGGGGUUUGAAGGAGCAGGGGUGCAUGGGGAGGGUGAGAGCAGCGUGCAUGAAGCAGUGGUGGCAGCGGGAGGUGCAACGCACAGUGCAGUUCGUGCAUGCUGUGCGGCAGUGCGCUGCUUCGUCCCCCCGCCACGUGCUCUUCCUGCUCGCAGACGAGCAGCACAGACUUUUGACGGGCAGCAGUGGAGAGGUGGCAGCGGAAGGAGGGGCGGGCAGCAGAGGAGGAAAGGGCGGCAGAAGAGGGGACGCAAGUGGGGAAGGAGGUGUGCGGGUGAGGGAGCGUUAUGAUGUGGCGAUGGAGCGAUUUGUGGUGCGCGCGCUGAAGGGGAGGGACUGGGGCGUGGUGUCCCUCGCAGGCCAACCCGCACCACCCACGGAACCAGACUCACAAUUAGAGGACGCAGGUCAAGCAGGGGACACAACUGACGCAGCAAGAGUGGCUCACGAGGGAGGGUCAGCGUCAGUGCUGCGGGGUGUGAGGGGCGUGCAGGCGCUGCUGCUGCGGGGCGAGGCGAGCCACCUGCUGCCGCUGCUGGCCCACGUGGAGCAGCGCUUCCUGGAAGGCCCUCUGGAAGACCUCCUUAUAAGCUUCUUCGGUAGCAGGAAUAAGUCAGUGCACGUGCAUGAACCUCCGCUGUUCUGGCGGGCGGUGGGAGGAGGAGAGGGAGGCGCAGGGAGGGAGGGGGCAGGGGAGGAGGGGGCUUUGGGUAAGGAGGGGGAUGGGAUGAAAGAAGCUAUUCCUGAUUCAAUUCAGAACUGGGUGGACGAGGCGUGGACUGUGGAGGACCCAUUUGUGAACGAAGUCCAGAAACCUAUUCGUACCGCAUUGAACCCACCAGUGGCACCCGUGGAGCUGUCUGUGUCGCGGAGCAUGCUGGUGAGCGUGCAUGGUGGGGAGGUGAUGCCGGCCGGUUCAUCUGGGGGUGUGGCAGUGAAUGGCGGGGGAGAGGGGGAUGGUGGCAGUAGCAGGAGAGAGGGGAAGGGGGCGAAAGGAACAGACAGCCACAAAGCAUCAGGACGAGCAGUGGCAGCAGCAGCAGGUGUUGGCAGUGGGAGCGCUGUGACACGAGCAGCAGUGGUUCUGUCGCCUGGCUUGUUUGCAUGUUGGGUGAAAAGCGGCGGUGCGUCAGAGGGUACGGCAAGGGGUGAUGAGAGGAGGCCACAAGCGGGCGAGGCGGAGGCACAUGGGAAGGGCGGGGCUGGUGGGUUGAGAGGAGGCGAUGCUGGUGGUGAGGCACCAGCAGCUGUGACAGCAAAGGGUGUGACGAUAGAGGGGGUGAUUCGAGGCGAGGUUGUGUUUGAGAGCCCGCUGACAGAGCAGGGGGCAGCGGCAUGGACCAUGGUGGCUCCGCGUGCCGUGGGGCACAAAGGCGGGCAGCAGGGGGGGAAGCAGGGGGUGCACAAGGAUCGGCACAAGAGCGAUGCAGCACAAGUGGUGGUGGGUCAGGAGGAGACGGGGGCUGGUGGUGGUGCUGCUGGAGGGUGGAAAGGUACAGGGCAGGUGGGGACACCGGUAGAGGAGGGCUCAUCGGUGCUUGUUACCAUUCCCAUCACUGGGAGGCUCUUUUUGCCUGGAAUCAAGGGCCAGAGAAACGUCUGGAUGGGGAAAUCCUUUGGUAUAGGCGAGUACACUACUGUAGAUAGCAUUCCUGUAGAUAGUACCAUAGCUGCCACUGCUGUUUUGGCUGCUGAGACUGCAGAUGGGCCUGCCAGGCUGUCAGCUCCCAGAGAUGCGGUGCGGGGCACUGUGCAGAUGGAGGGCGCGCUGACGUGGACUGACUCAGCGCCAGGUCGUGCCAGGCUGGCAGCUGAAGGGGUGGUGCUGAUUGAGAGGAGGCGGAGUGAGGAGGGGAGUGAGGAGGAGCGAGUGUGGGGGGCGUGGCGAGAUGUGGACGUGUGGGCCGCAGGGCAGGGCCGAGUAGAAAAGGGCGGGGAAUUAUCCGAAGAUGGGAAAACUCGCUCUGGUGAUGCCGACAGGCUCAUGGGGGCAGAGGGGUUAGGGGCAGGCGGGGGAAGCAGCAUGGGGAGCAGGGGAGGCGGGAGAGGCAAGGCGGUGGGGAUGAGAGGUGCUAGGCUUGUGUUUGAGAAAAGUCAGGGAGAGGGGGGCCACGAAGCAAAUGGAGGUAGGUCAAGUGGUGUUGGUUUGAACAGGCAGGUGAAGAGAGUUCUUCUUGGAACGAGUGUUGGUGGUGGUACGGAGGAGGGGGAAGCUUUUGAUAGCAGGGAGAGUGAUGGCAGAGGUGGCAGCAGCAGUGCUGCCACUGCAACUAGAGGUGGGGACAAGGAGCCCAUUAUCAGAGGAGCGGCAGAGGCCCGGCAGAUAGAUGAGCGACAAGCGUCCGAGGGCGCAGGCGAGGCGAAGGAAGACGGUCGCAUGGAAUUGGCGGGGGAGCGUGGGGGUGAGAAGGCAGGAGAGGGUAUUGUAGCAGUUACAGCUGAUGACGCAGCAGUUAACGCUGAUGACGCAGCACUGAAAGCUGGACCUACGAUUGACAAAGCAGACGAUACAGUUGUUAAAGCGACAGACAAGGCCAAUACAGCGACUAAGAUGGACGAUACAGCCAUUAAACCGGCCGAUAAGCCCAUUAAAGCGGACGAUAAAGCCAUUAAAGCGGACGAUGAUGCCAAUAAAGCGGACGGUACAGCCAUUAUAGCGGACGAUACAGCCUUUAAAGCGGGCGAUAAAGCCAUUAAAGCCGACGAUAAAGCCAUGGCUGCCUCACCUAAGGCUGCAGGCGAAACAGCUGUUUGUAAGACAGAGAGGGUCGUGGCAGCACGGGGAGCCUCAGAUAGGGCUGCUGGUGAAGCUAGUAGCGUCGCCAGGGCUACUGGUGAAGCUAGUAGCGUCGCCGGGACUGCUGGCGAAGCUAGUAACGUCGCCAGGGCAGCGGACGCAGCUAGUAGCGCCGUCCGGGCUGCAGGCGACGAGGCGAAGGCAACUUGUAUCGCUGACGAGAAUGAGAUGGUGAUAGGCGACGAAACGAAGGUUGCAGCAGGCGAAAUAAAGGUUGCAGCAGGCGAAACGAAGGUUGCAGUUGGCGAAACGAAGGCCGAAGAGAGGACCGGAGAGCCGCGAAAGGAGAGGAGGGAUGAGAGGACUAAGGAGGCGAAGAAUGAGGGGAGCGAGGAGAAGAGGGGUGAGAGGAAUGAGGAGAGGAGGGUAAAAGAGGUUGCAGGGAGGGAGGGGGUGUAUGAGAAGCAGAGCGAUGGGGAGAAGCAUGAGGGAAUGGUAGGCAGUGCGCGGCGGGAGGAGGAAGCAAAGCGAGAUGAGGGAAAGGCGUCAGACAGAGAUGAGGGAAAGGCGUCGGACAGAGAUGAGGGAAAGGCGUCGGACAGAGAUGAGGGAAAGGCGUCGGACAGAGAUGAGGGAAAGGCGUCGGACAGAGAUGAGGGAAAGGCGUCGGACAGAGAUGAGGGAAAGGCGUCGGACAGAGAUGAGGGAAAGGCGUCGGACAGAGAUGAGGGAAAGGCGUCGGACAGAGAUGAGGGAAAGGCGUCGGACAGAGAUGAGGGAAAGGCGUCGGACAGAGAUGAGGGAAAGGCGUCGGACAGAGAUGAGGGAAAGGCGUCGGACAGAGAUGAGGGAAAGAGGACGAGUGAGAGUGGGGGAACGGUGAAGGGUGAGAAUGGGGAGACGAGGACUGGGGAGGAGCAGUGUGCCGGUGAUUCAACGCGUGCGGAGGGAUGGAAGGGAGGUGGAAGGAAGGUUGGUGGAGAGGAGGGUGGUGGAGAGGAGGGUGGGGGAGAGGAGGGUGAGGGCGGAAAGGAGAUUGAGGGUGGGAAAGUGGGGGAGGGUGGGAAGGAGGGGGAGGGAGGAGAGCAGCAAGGGGGCAUGUGGGGAGUGGAUGGCACACAGGCGGGGAUUAGGGUGGCAUCGGAGAAAGCAGCGGUGGGGGAAGCAGCGGUGGGGGGAGCAGCGGUGGGGGGAGCAGCGGUGGGGGGAGCAGCGGUGGGGGGAGCAGCGGUGGGGGGAGCAGCGGUGGGGGAAACAGCGGUGGGGGAAGCAGGGUUGGGGGAAGCAGCGGUGGGGGAAGCAGCGGUGGGGGAAGCAGCGGUGGGGGAAGCAGCGGUGGGGGAAGCAGCGGUGGGGGAAGCAGGGUUGGAGAGUUUGGUGGAAGGUGGCGAUGGGGGCGAGGGACGAGAGGAGGAAGGGGAGAAAAGAUGUGGGGAUGAAAUGAAGGUUACACGCAUCUGUAGGGAGGACCGAGGGGGGUCUGACAGGGAAGGGGAGAAGGGGAGGGAGACAUUUGGGGAGAAGGGGAACCAGGGAUUGGGGGAGUAUGAGAAAGGAGGGAGGGUGAUGGCAGACGCAAGAGAGGGGGAUGAGAUGGUGGACGUGGGAAGGGAGGGGGCAAGGGAGGAGGGAAGGGAGAGAAACGAGGAGGGAAUGGAGGAAAGGGAGGAGGGAAACGAGGCGAAAGGGGAGGAGAAGGAGGAAAGGGAGGAGAAGGAGGGAAGUGAUGAGAAUAGGGAGGCGAAAAGGGAGGCAAGAAAGGAGGACAAACCGGAGAAGGGAGAGGAGGAGGGAGUGGAGGAGGAGGAGGAGAAAAGGGAGGACAAAAGGGAGGAGAAAUUGGAGGGAGGGGUGAAGAAAAGGGAGGCGAAACAAGAGGAGAAGCAGGAGCAGGGAAGGGUGGAUAAAAUGGAGGAGGGAGACGUGCAAGGAGAGGAAAAGGGGAAGGUUGGGAGUAUGAGCACUGAGGCGAGGAGAGGGGAUGAGGCGAGGAGAGGGGAUGAGGCGAAGAAAGGGGAUGAGGCGAAGAGAGUGGAUGAGGCGGAGAGAGGGGAUGAGGCGACGAGAGGGGAUGAGGCGAAGAGAGGGGAUGAGGCGAAGAGAGGGGAUGAGGCGAAGAGAGGGGAUGAGGCGAAGAGAGGGGAUGAGGCGAAGAGAGGGGAUGAGGCGAAGAGAGGGGAUGAGGCGAAGAGAGGGGAUGAGGCGAAGAGAGGGGAUGAGGCGAAGAGAGGGGAUGAGGCGAAGAGAGGGGAUGAGGCGAAGAGAGGGGAUGAGGCGAAGAGAGGGGAUGAGGCGAAGAGAGGGGAUGAGGCGAAGAGAGGGGAUGAGGCGAAGAGAGGGGAUGAGGCGAAGAGAGGGGAUGAGGCGAAGAGAGGGGAUGAGGCGAAGAGAGGGGAUGAGGCGACGAGAGGGGAUGAGGCGAAGAGAGGGGAUGAGGCGACGAGAGGGGAUGAGGCGAAGAGAGGGGAUGAGGCGAAGAGAGGGGAUGAGGCGAAGAGAGGGGAUGAGGCGAAGAGAGGGGAUGAGGCGACGAGAGGGGAUGAGGCGAAGAGAGGGGAUGAGGCGAAGAGAGGGGAUGAGGCGAAGAGAGGGGAUGAGGCGACGAGAGGGGAUGAGGCGAAGAGAGGGGAUGAGGCGAAGGAAGAGGAUGUGGUUGGUGCAGGCGAGGGGGGACAUGCUGCUGAGGCGAUGGCACACGCAGGGCAGGUCGAAGCACAGGAGGAUAGGGAGGAAGGAGCAAAGGAGGGGAAUGAAAGUGCAAAGGAGGGGAAGGAAAGUGCCAAGGAGGGGAAUGAAAGUGCAAAGGGGGGAAAGGAAAGUGUAAUGGAGGGGAAGGAAAGUGUAAAGGAGGGGAAUGAAAGUGCAAAGGAGGGGAAGGUUAGUGUAAAGGAGGGGAAGGAAAGUGCAAAGGAGGGAAAGGAAAGUGUAAAGGAGGGGAAGGAAAGUGUAAAGGAGGGGAAGGAAAGUGUAAAGGAAGGGAAGGAAAGUGAAAAGGAGGGGAAGGAUAGUGUAAAGGAGGGGAAGGAAAGUGUAAAGGAGGGGAAGGAAAGUGUAAAGGAAGGGAAGGAAAGUGAAAAAGAGGGGAGGGAUAGUGUAAAGGAGGGGAAGGAAAGUGUAAAGGAGGGGAAGGAAAGUGAAAAGGAGGGGAAGGAUAGUGUAAAGGAGGGGAAGGAAAGUGCAAAGGAGGGAAAGGAAAGUGUAAAGGAGGGCGAGAAAGGUGCAAAGGUGGGUGAGGAGCAGUUGAAUGGGGAGAAGGUGAGUGGGGAGGAGAAGGUGAGUGGGGAGGAGAAGGUGAGUGGGGAGGAGAAGGUGAGUGGGGAGGAGAAGGAAAUUGAAAAGGAGGUGAAGGAUAGUGUAAAGGAGGGGAAGGAAAGUGUAAAGGAGGGGAAGGAUAGUGUAAAGGAGGGGAAGGAAAGUGAAAAGGAGGAGAAGGCGAGUGGGGAGGAGGUGAAUGGGGAGGAGAAGGCGAGUGGGGAGGAGAAGGUGAGUGGGGAGGAAGAGGCAGAGAAGGAGAAGGGCUGGCAAAAUGAGAGUGUGCGGAAGGAGGACAAGGCGGAAAGGGGGAAGGUGGGUGGGACGGAAGGGGGAAAUCUGGGUGGGAACGAAGCAGGGGAGGUGGGUGGGAAGGAAAGGGGGGAAGUGGGAGGGGUGAAGCAAGGUGUGAGGGAUGGUGAGGGAGGCAAAGAUACCAAUGGAGAGAAGGCGGGAGCGGUGAGUAGGAGUGGAGAGAAGGCGGGAGCGGUGAGUAGGAGUGGAGAGAAGGCGGGAGCGGUGAGUAGGAGUGGAGAGAAGGCGGGAGCGGUGAGUAGGAGUGGAGAGAAGGCGGAAGAGGUGAGUAGGAAGGCGGAAGGCAGCAGCAUGGAGAAUUGUGGUGCUGGUGAUGUGGAGGCUGAGAUGGGGAAGGUGGAGGAGGGGGUGGUGGUGGAGGAGGGGGAGAAGAGGGCGGAGGGCGAGGGUGGUGUGAGAGGUGCGGUGGUGGUGAGGGCUGCUGCUGGCGUGAUAGGUGCAGCCUGGGGAGACGAGGGGGAUGGGGUGAUGGGGAUGGGGGAAGGGGGAAAGGGGGAAGGGGAAGGGGUUAAGGGGGAGAAGGAAGGGGCAGUCGGAGAGGAGGAAGGAAAGGGGGAAAAGGAAAGUGCAAUGGGGGAGGACGAAAGGGCAGAGGGGAAGGAUGAUGGGGCAAAGGGGGAGGAGGAGGGGGUAAAGGGAGAGGAGGAAGGAACAAAAAGGGAGAAGGAAGGGACAAAGGGGGAGGAAGCAGGGGUAAAGAGAGAGGAGGUAGAGGCAAAAGGGGAGGAUAAAGGGGCAAAGGGGGAGAAGGAAAGGGUGAAAGGGGAGGAGGAAGGGACAAAGCGAGAGGAUAAAAGAGCGAAAGCGAAGGAGGCAGGAGCAAAGAAGGAGGAGGAAGGUGUAACGCAUAAGGAGGAAGGGGCAAAGGCGAAGGGGGAAGCCACGAAAGGGAGGGAUGAAAUGGAAACAGUGUUGAGGGAUGGGACAAAGGGGGAGGAGGCGAAGGGGAAAGAACUCGAAGAAGGUACGGCAGUGCUAGUGGGUAAGGGAAGGGGGGGAGCAGGCGAGACCAGAGGUUUGGAGGGAACGGGAAAAGUGAGGGUGGAGGAGACGGUGGGAGGUGUGGAUGGGAUGGGGGAGGUGGAGGAGAAAGCAGAAAUUAAGGUAGAGGAGGCAGUAGUGGGAGGGAAGCGAGAGGUGCUAGAGGCGAUGCUUGGGACGGCAGGGGUAGAGGCGGCAGGUGCGGAGGCGAGAGGCAGUGCUGAGCUGGCAGCGAGUGGCGAUGCUGCCAGUGCACUUGCUGGGAAAGUGGGGAAUGGGGCGGAGCAGACGGGUCAAGGUGCAUUGGCGGCAGGCAGAGGGCAGCAGCAGGCGACGGAGCAGAGGGGCCAGGGAGGAGAUUUGGCUGGGUUGGGAGUGGUGACGGGUGGGGGUGUGAAGGGUGGAGUGGGAUUGGAUGCAGAGGUGGGUGGGGAGCAGGGGAAGGAAGGAGAGGGCGGGUUGGGCUUUGGGGCACAGGUAGGAGUUGUUGGUAAAGGAGGGGGAAUGGAUGGGUGUGGUGGAAGGACGCAAGGUGUGAAAGCUGGUGGUGGGUUGGGCAAAGAAGGGAGAACAGAAAAGGUUGUGGGGAAUGCAGCGAGCAGCGCAGGUCGGGAGGGUGCAGGGAAGGGGCGAGAGGUGAGCAGGUUCAUGGGUGGUUGGGCGGCGGAAGCGAGGGAAGUGGAGGUGAGUGUGGUGCAGAGAGGUGGAGAGCGAGUGGGUUCUGGAAAGGUGUCAGUGGAGGGUGGGGCACGGGGGAAGGAGACGGGGGAGGAGAAAGGGGAAGAGGAGAGAGGAGAGGAGGGGAAGGAGAGUGGGGAAGAGGGGAAGGAGAGAGGGGAAGAGGAGAAGGAGAGAGGGGAGGGGAAAGGGGAAGAAGAGAGAGAAGAGGAGGGGAAGGAGAGUGGGAAAGAGGGGAGGGAGAGAGGGGAGGAGGGGAAGGAGAGUGGGAAAAAGGGAAAGGAGAGAGGGGAUGAGUGGAAGGAGAGAGGGGAAGAGGGGAAGGAGAGUGGGGAGGAGGGGAAGGAGAGUGGGGAAAAGGGAAAGGAGAGUGGGGAGGAGGGGAAGGAGAGCCGGGAGGAGGGGAAGGAGAGAGGGGAGGGGAAAGGGGAAGAGGAGAGAGAAGAGGAGGGGAAGGAGAGUGGGAAAGAGGGGAACGAGAGAGGGGAGGAGGGGAAGAAGAGAUGUGAGGAGGGGAAGGAGAAGGGGGUGGAGGAGAAGGCGAGAAGGGAAGAGGGGAAGGAGAGAGGGGUGGAGGGGAUGGAGAGGGGGGAGGAUGGGAAGGAGAAAGAAGAGGAGGGGAACGAGGGAGAGGAGGAAAGGAAGGAGACUGGGGGGGAGAAGGAGAGAGGGGAGGAGAAGGAGAGAGGGGGGGGAAAGGAGGGUGCGGGCGAGAAGGAGAGAGGGGAGGAGAAGCAGAGAGGGGGGGAGAAUGAGAGAGGGGAGGAGGAGAGAGGGGAGGAGAAGGAAAGAGUGGGGGGGAAGGAGAGUGCGGGCGAGAAGGAAAGAGGGGAGGAGAAGGAGAGUGGGGGGGAGAAGGAGAGAGGGGAGGAGAAGGAGAGAGGGGAGGAGAAGGAGAGAGGGGGGGGAAAGGAGAGUGGGGGCGAGAAGGAGAGAGGGGAAGAGAAGGAGAGAGGGGAGGAGAGAAAGGAGGAGAAGGAAAGAGGGGGGAAUAAGGAGAGUGGGGGGAUCACGGAAAAAGGGGAAGAGAAGGAGAGAGGGGAGGAGAAAGAGAGAGGAGAAGAGAAGGAGAGAGGGAAGGAGAAGGGGAGAGGGGAGGAGGAGAGAGGGGAGGAGAAGGAGAGAGGGGAGGAGAAGGAGAGAGGGGAGGAGAAGGAGAGAGGGGAGGAGAAGGAGAGAGGGGAGGAUGCGAAUGCGGUAGGGAAGGAGGAAAGGGCGGAAAUUGAAGAGAGGGUAGGAGGUAUGGUUUGGGCAAACCAGUGGGAGGGGAGGGAGGAGGAAAAGAAGGAGGAUGUGGAUGAGAAGGGUGCAAAGGAAGGAGCAAAGGAAGGAGCAAAGGGGAUGGCGUGUGGAGAGGUGCAGCGACGAGGGAGUGAGAGGGAGGAGAGCCAGAAGAGAAAGAGAGAUUGGGAACAGGAGGGUGAAGGGGGAGAUGAGGUAGAAAAGAAGAGGAAGGAGUGGGAGGGUGCUAAGAAAGAGAAGGAGAAAGCGGAGGAGGAGGUGGGUAGAGGGGAGGUGGAGAAGAGAGGAGCAAAGGUAGUGCUGGAAGAGAGUGAGGGUCGUGCCUGCAGUGCUGUGAAGGUGGAUGUGACGAGGCAGGUGGAUGAGACGAGGCAGGUGGAUGAGACGAGGCAGGUGGAUGAGACGAGGCAGGUGGAUGAGACGAGGCAGGUGGAUGCGACGAGGCAGGUGGAUGGGACGAGGCAGGUGGAUGAGACGAGGCAGGUGGAUGCGACGAGGCAGGUGGAUGAGACGAGGCAGGUGGAUGCGACGAGGCAGGUGGAUGCGACGAGGCAGGUGGAUGAGACGAGGCAGGUGGAUGAGACGAGGCAGGUGGAUGAGACGAGGCAGGUGGAUGCGACGAGGCAGGUGGAUGAGACGAGGCAGGUGGAUGAGACGAGGCAGGUGGAUGCGACGAGGCAGGUGGAUGAGACGAGGCAGGUGGAUGCGGUGAGGGAUGAGGUGCGGCAUGCGGAUGCACUCAGGGUGGCAGAGGAGAAGCAGUUGGGGCUUGUUGGCAGUACAGCCACCCACGACUGGGCUGCUGCUGUCGCUUCCAUUGCCCACUCUGCUCCUGCCACUGCUCCUGCCACUGUGAAGGUGGAUGAGGCGAGGGCGGUGGAUGAGGCGAGAAUGCUGGCUGGAAAGAGCAGUGGGGGAGGAAGUGUGAGUGGGGCAACAGGAAGAGGAGGCAGAGGAGCAGCAAGUGUGGGGCAAGCAGCAGGUGGUGGAGUGGGCAGAGCAAGAGAGGGCGCAGCACAUCAGCACCUCUCUGCCCCUUCCCUCCCUGGUAGUGUCGCUCCAGCCGCCACUGCCUGCCCUCCUCACCAAGCCUCUGCCCCCGUGCACACGGACCUGAAUGCCGUGCCGAUAUCAGGUUCGGAAUUAGGCUCGGAUGCAGGCUUGGAUACACGCUUGGGUGGAGGCGUGGGAGGGAAGGACGGAGAGGAUGGUGAGAGAAGUGGGCGGGUGGAGAAUGAGACCGGGGUGGAUGGGGAGAAGAGAGAGGGGGAGACGAGAGAGGUGGGCAAGAGAGCAGAGGAGACGGAGAGAGAGGAGGAGGAGAAGAGGGCGGAGGAAGAAAGGAGAGUGGCAGUGGGGCGGAAAGUGGUGCGGAGGCUGCAGGGGAGGAGGGGGGCAGGGAAGGGAUUUUGGGAGAAGAUUGAUGAUGAGGUCGACUCUCUCCUUCUGCCCCGCCUCUACCCACACAAGGCCCCUCCCGCUCUGCACUUCCACCCACCCUCUCAGCCUCCUUCCUCCAUGCCUCCUCCCCUCACGCCUCCUCUCAACUCCCUUCCUUCGUUUCCUCAUCCCUCUGCACCCAUCUCCAACCCCGCCCACCCCCCUGCACCCACCAUGCCUCAGUUCCCCCUCCAUCCAGUUGCCGCACUCCCCUCCCUCCUCGCCCUCCCGCCCUGCCCGUCUCUCGACUCGCUCCUCUCCUCACUGCUCCCCGAAUCAGAAGGAACACGGUCAAAGGACAUGCAUGGGCAAAGCAGAGAGCAGGAGAGGGGGGGUACGGGUUUUGCAGGCAAGGGUGGGCAGAGUGGGGUGCGGUCAGAUGGGCAGAACGAGAAAGAGAAGGUAGGCGGUGGUGAGGCCAGCAACGGUGAUGAUGCUUUGCUGGGGCGGUAUGAAGAGUUUUUUCUGCCUCCGUUUCCCUGGCUGCCGAAGGCUGGUGCUCCCGGUAAAGCUGUUCGGGCACGUGACCGGUCCCGGGCAGCGGAAAAGGUUUCUGGCAGCUUCGACAGCGAGAUUGUGCAGAGAGGAGAGUUGGAGGGCAGACCGGGAGGCAUUGAUAAGGAUGGGAAGGGCGGCAGUGGGAGCAUGCAUGGCGUUGGCGGUGAGCUAAGUGGAUUGCUCAACAAAGAGCGGAUGUUCAAACGAUUGAAAACAGAAGGUGAUGGAGGGCGAUGGGGGCCACAGAGAAAAGGGGGUUGUGGUGGGCGUGAGGUGGAUGAGUGGACAGAGGAGAGUGAGGAGCGAGAGGUGGAGGAUGGGGAAGGGGGGGAGGGGAAUGGGGAUGGGGAGGAGGAGGAGGAGUGGGAGGAGGAUGGGGAGGGAGAGGGAGAGGAGGAAGAAGAGGAGAGGGAGGCGGGCACGGAGGAAGUUGAGGGAGAGGGAGAGGGAGAUGAAGGUGAGGAGACUGAGGAUGAGGUGGAGGGAAGAGAGGCGGAGGGAGGAGAGGUGGAGGGGGAGGGCGAUGGGGGCCACAGGGAAAAGGGGGUUGCGUUGGAAGGCAGUGUGGAGAUGAGAGGCCAAGGCGAGCGUGCAGCUGACGGGAUUAUGACAAAUGGUCUCCUCUCUGUGCCGCCCGCUUUCGCCACCCAUGCAGCAACACCCAUCCAUGACCCGUCAGCCGCACUCCACACGCCCCACGCACACACACAUGCCUCUCCACAUGCCCAGACUCACACGGCUCCUCUGCACCCAUCUGCUGCCCCUCUUACCCAUCCGCACCCCUCCCACUCCUCAGCCCCUUCCUCUGCCAUUCCACCCAGUCUUAAACACCCCAGUUCCUUCCAGUCAGGGAGAGGUGAGCAAGGGAGAGGGGAGGGAGGGCGAGGGAGAGGAGGGUCGAAAGGAGGAGGAGGGAGAGGGGAAGGAGGGAAGCGGAGUGGAAAGGAGGGUGGUGGUGGGCGGGGCACGGGAGAGGGGUCAGGCGUGGUGAGUUUUGAGUCGACUCAAAAGUCACCGGGAGGUGGAAAGGAGGGUGAUGGGGGGCGGGGCACGGGAGAGGGGUCAGGUGUGGUGAGGCGAGAGAAGGGAGUAUCGUCUCCCUCUCCUCCUCUCACUGCCUCUCCCGCUCUUGUUCCUCCCGUUUUUCUGCCUUCCGCUCCCACCACUGGUGCCACUGCUCCAGCAGCAGGCGGUGCCGGCAUUGCACCCAUGUCUGCCCGUUUGCUGCACCCCCCCUUUACUGCCCCUCCCUUUGUUCCACCCACGGCUGCUGCUGCUGCUGCGGCUGGUGGAAGUGCCACCGCUGAUGCCUCUCCCUCCAUGUCACUACAGCUACCCCCGCCAGAGUUCAAGCCCAGGCGGACCUCCUCCCUCUCCUCCUCCACCCCACUCCUCCGCCCGCCUGCCCUUCUCCCCCCCUCCUCUCCCCUCCUCCGGGCCGCCUCUGCAGCAGCUGCAGGUGCAGCAAGCAGCAGAGAGGCAGCAGCGGACGAGGGGCUGGGGAUGAAGAUCUCUCUGGUGGGGGCUGGGGAGGGCAAGGGAUUGGUGGGGGGCGAUGAGGGGAGGAGGAGGCCGCAUGGUGGGCUGCUGAUGGGCAGCAGAGGCGGCCUUUUCGGUCCUUCUGCUCUGGGCUCGGUAUCGGUAGGAGCAGUGGGAGGGGUAACAGGAGGGGCGCAUGCAGUGGGAGGGGUAACAGGAGGGGCCCAUGCAGUGGGAGAGGCAGCAGCAGUAGGGGCAGCAGGAGGACGGGCAGCAGCAGCAGGAGGGGUGGAGGGCGAGGAGGAGGAGGAUGCAGUGGCUGCUCUGGCUGCCAUGGCUGCCGCUGCUACUGCUGCCCUGCCAGGGGAUUCCUACAUUGAUUCGCCUCUCGCUCACACACACGGUGGUGCGAGCACCACUCACACACAUGGUGGUGCGGGCACCACUCACACACAUGGUGGUGCGGGCACCACUCACACACAUGGUGGUGCGGGCACCACUCACACACACGGUGCACGAGACGAGCUCACUGCCAAGGGUGUGCCCAGAGGAGCAAAGCACAGCACCUCCGCUGCUGCCCUGCCAGGGGAUUCUUUCGAUGAUGCGCCUCUCACUCACACUCGCAGUGCACGAGACGAGCUCACUGCCAAGGGGGUGUCCAGAGGAGCAAAGCACAGCACCUCUGCUGCUGCUGCAGAUACCCCUGCUUCUCCCGCUCGUGCUGCUGCCACUGCAGCGGGCAGCAAGCGAGCGGGCGGCAAGGGGCGUUUGGCUGGGGCGGAGAAGGGGGAGGGCGCAGGGGCAGGGAAGGUUGGUGCUGCAAGUGCAGGAGGGAAUGCAGGUGGGGUUGCUGGAGAAGCAGCACUAGGAGAAGCAGGGGUUGGGAGAAGUGCUGCGGUGGGCGGUGGUGCAGCAGUAGGUGGUGCUACCACAGGGGUUGGUGCUGCAGCUGGCGGUGCUGCGAAGAUGGGGAAGAAGAAAGGGAAAGGUCCGGGAUUUGUUGUGUCGAAACCGAGCGUGGCGGUGGGAGAAGGGGCAACGGCAGCGACUGCCGCCGCUGCUGCUGCGAGUGGUGUUGGUGCUGGUGGUGGUGCGGCAAGGGAGGAGCGGGCAGGCAUGUUGGGGCACUUGGCUUCUCUGCUUGACCAAGCCUCUGCAGGAUCAGCAAGUGGAGGUGCUGGGGGUGCUGCAGGUGGUGGUGGCAGUGGUGGAGGUGGUGCUGCUGCUGUUGGUGGGAGUGGGGUGAAGGUAAGCAAGCUUGCUGGUAAAGUGGAGAAGCGGGAGGGGAAGAAAGGGCUGAAGGAGAGGGGCAGGGAGCACAGCGUGCCAUUGCAAAAAGCAUCAGCAGCAGCAAUGGCAGGGGCUGCUGGGGGUUCUGGGGUUUCCCAGAGAACCACAGGUGCUGCUGCUGCUGCUGCUGGUGCUUCUCCUACUGCUGAUGCUCCUGCAGGUUCUGGUCUGCCUCUCCAUCCUCCUGCUUCUGCUACUGCUCCUGCUGGAAAAGUCUCGCCACUUGUGAGCUCAGCUCCUCCUGCUACAGCCGCUACCACUUCGACGCCACCCAGACUCGGUGUGACCACCAGCGCCAGCGCCAGGGCCCCCCACACUGCUGCUGCGGAUCACACAGGCAAAACACGCGCCAAGGCAGGCGGAGCAGCAGCAGGCCUGUCUCCCCUCGCCCGCCCCCUCGCUUCACCUCUCUUGCCUCCCCUUGCCUCUCCUGUCGUGCCUUUUAUAGACCACGGGGACGAGAGUGCAGAGGGAGGGCUGGGAGAGGAAAGGGCUGGGGAAGGAGGGGAGGGUGCAAGGGGUGGGGGGAGGGAGGAGGUGGAAGGGGGUGUGAAGAAGGGCCGUGGGCGGCCAAAAGGCUCCAAGAAGAUCAUCAAGAGAGCUACUGUUUAUAUCUCGUGUGUCCUUUUCUUCCCUUCCCCUGUCAUCUCCUCCCCUGUCAUCUCCUCCCCUGUCAUCUCCUCCCCUGACAUCUCCUCCCCUCCGUGUGCUUGCUCCUGCCUGGCAGGUGAUCCCCCAGCUACACCGCCCAUUAGUGCCGCUGCUGCAGCUGCUGCUGCACCAUUGCUGGCAGCAGCAGGAAGCAGGGAAGGUGGAGAAGCAGGAGGAGGAGGAGGAGCAGGAGAGGGGACAGGAGGGGCAGGAGGGACAGGAGGGGCAGGGGGAGCAGGGGUGAGCGGGAAGGAAGAUACGGCUGCUCUGAUGCUCUUCUCCCUCGCCCAGCUGGCUGAUGAUGCUGCAGAGGAGGGCGAGGAGGGGGAGGGAGUGGAGGAGGUGGAGGGGGUGGGAGAGGCUCAAGAAGGCGGAAAUGAAGCGAGUGGAGCAGAGGCAAGCAGUGAAGACGCUUGUAACGAGGAUGGAGAUGAGGUUUCUGCUGAAGCAGCAGGAGAGGGAGGCGGAGGAGGAAGUGGUUUGGGGAAUGCGAGUAAGAGAAGGCUAUACAGGGACGGAGGCACUGGCAGAGAUAUGGAUGCAGGGAGAUUGCAAGGAAGGGCGAUGGGUAGUGGAUUUAUUGGGAAGAAAGAGGACGAGAACGAAGAGGAAGAGGAGGAGAAAGAGGAGGAAGAGGAAAUAGAAGAGGAGGAAGAGGAGGAGAGGGUGGUGGUGGCACCACGCAAGCGCAGACGCACCGCCACAGCCACUGAGGUGGUGGUGCUGCCAGGCGUGCGAAGAGAUGCCGUGCAAAGAGAUGAAGUGCCCACUCCUCCUCGCAUUCGGAGGGAAGAGGAGAAGAACACACAGCAGAAGGACCCAUGUGAACUCGAGGAGGUGGAGGAGGAGAGGGAGGGCGAAGCUGUAUUGGUUGACCCUCACUUGCCUGGAGAGGACACCUCGCACUCUCACUCGCACUCCCCAUCGCCGCCACUGCGUGUGUCUCCUUCUCUGUCCCCAUCUCCGGAACCACCGUCUUCAUCCCUACCAGCAUCACCAGCCCGCAGUGGAAGCUUCGAGGAUGCCAGUGGGGGAGGCGGUGCCGCCCUCUCCUCCUUCCCACUCCCUCUCCCCACCACUCACGACACCGAUCUUAUGCAUCUCUCCCCUGCUGCUGCUGCGCCUGCCAGCAGUCGUAGAAGGGGAGCUGCGGCUGCUGGUGGUGGUGGAGAGGCCAUGACUGUGGCUGCAGUACCAGCUGCUUGA